AUGCUCAAAAGCGACGCACUGGUCAUUCCCAUCAAACGUCACCGGUUCACCCACAACCUUGACUGUGGACAGCCCAUAGCGAUUCUUGAGGCAGGAGACAUCCUGAACUCGUAUUAUCCAUCCAGAGUUAUAGAGCAGACGAUAGAAACCACUAUGGCGACAAAUCCAACCAUCUCUCUCGACUCAGCCGUCGAUCUUCUAACAUCGGCGCUGCAAGAUCCCGCCAAAACCAAUGUCUGCGCCGUGGGGCUGGGACUUGCUGCGGACCGCAUUAACAUAGCGCUCGAGGGAUGUACGACCAUCGCUGCCAGGAUCAAGAUCGUGAAAGCUUACCCCCAGCUACUCAGAGCUGGUGUCAAGUUCCUCACAUUCAAUCAGCCACGUCCAGACCACGUCGCAAUGCUCAAUCGUUUGACUACUUGUCGGUGCAAUUUGGGGCGGACAGCGAUGCUGCGCCGUCAUCAGCCCAGCAGGUCCCGACCCGACGGACAAGUUGAGGCCGACAACCUCACGCACUUGUUUGAUGCAGUGACCACCGUGAGCAAUUGUCUUAUCCUCGCCCUUUCCGAUCGAACACAGCACAAGUUUCACACCGCAAGCACGACCGCUGGCAAGCAACCUUGGCCGCAAGGCCCAGAGGACUUGCUUCCACAAGGACCAAAGGACUCUAUACUCGGGCUAGAGCUUUGGGUUGCAGUGCCGCCCCUCGGGUACACAAUAUUCAAACUGGCCGGCCAUAUGGCUACGUUUCAUGUCCCAUUCGCACAGGAGGUUAUUCAAUCACCGGACGUCGCCUUCGCUAUCAUCUGGCCUUUCCAACACCUACAGGAGGCCAUCAAGUUUUUCGAAGAGGGUGACCCUUCAACAAUGCUGCAGACUCACUUUUUCAAACAACCAGUCAUGACGAUCUUCGAAUUUUUCACCGCUAUGGUCAACUGCAAGCCUCAGUUCAACUGGAUGAUUACCUCACGAGGUGGCUGGUGCGCACCUAUUCUUGCACGCCUCACUGCGAUCUUGGCCCCGCUUCCUAUGGAAUGGAGCAAAACCCCCCAUAAGAUCCAGCAUCUGACUGGGUACGCCAAUGCUAAGAUUGAUCCUGUAACAGGACUUGCGACUGUUUGCAUCUCCCGCGAGAGUUUGACGGAACUUCAACACUUUGACCUGCUCGAGUUCGCAUUUGAACAGAUGGUUGAAGCUAGGAAGAUGGGCUGCUACAACAUCAGUUGCCCUUCAGCGUCUGAAACCAUCCAUUCGCGACUGUGUAGCAAGUGCAAUCUUCUCAGGUACUGUGGAGAGCGGUGCCAAAAAGAUGCGUGGAAGUGUGCUACGCUCCCUCACAAGCCACUGUGUGCGAAGGUCCACUCUUUGAAAGAAUCACUCGGGGCCGAUAACUGGGAAUUGCUCUGGACGCCCGACUGCAACUAUAGGCAAUUCCAAAUCAUGUGCACGAGCAAGAAGGUGAACGAGGAAGCCGUGAAAGUAAUUGGACGCAUCCUAAUUACCCUCAGGACCCGUAAAUUUGCGUUCCAGAGUGACCAAGAGAGAGACGGAGAGUCCCAGAUUGAUAGGCUGAGGAGAGCAGAGCGGUGGCAAGUGUUCCGUCGAAACCGGGAAGAAUUCAUAGGGAGUCUCGGCGAGCGCGCCCGCUCGGUGAAGGUGCUCAGUCGAGAGGAAGGUCUGUCGUUGGUAGCUGACAACACGUCGUUAUGA